AAAAAAGUCGGGAUUGGUCAGACGUGCGAAUAUUAUAAUUCAAAGGUGCUAAAAAGUGCCUCGACAUCAUGAUUUUUUAAAAUUUAAAAACAUAAACCUCGGGGUUGUGCAAGUCAUUGACAGAGUCGUAAGCUUAUUAAUAACUUUCGUUUUUUAUCUUUAAUUAAUCGAAUCAUUGGGUUGUGUGUGGAAAAAUGACCGAUGUUUACGCGCUCAUUGUUAUGAAAAUUCUACAUCAGACGUAGGCAAUCAAGAGGACAUUUCGCUGAUGCAUAUUUUUUUCCUCACACGAGACUUCGGCACGACGAUUACAUAAGUAACGCAUAAUCCUCGAAAAUCGCGAAGCAGCUAAUUUAACUCGCGAAUCGGCUCUUUCCGCUGUAACAAGUGGAAAACGGUCAUUACGUCCCGAGUCUGCGCGCGAGUAGGUAUAUUAGUACAAGUAUGGGAAAAGAAGACGAAGUAAGCAUAUAGGUGUGCUAUACUUAUAGGUGUACAAGAGUGAGAGAGUGGGGGAGAGGAUAGCGAAGCAGCAGACACACGAAAACGCGAUGUGAGUGCAUCCGGUGGUGCUCGUAGAGGUAGACGUUCCCCCGCCGAGUCCUGGUGCGAGCGCAUAUACGUGCCACAUCAGAGAAAAAGAGAGAGAUGCCCGGCUAAGAGAGAAAGGAAUCAGCAUCGCGGCGCACGAGAAAUAAGCCUUUCGAAGGUAGGCCAGCAACAGCACAUUCCAAAAGGAGGAUAAAGAAUCGAGCGCGCCGCGAGAGAAGAGAGAGAGAGAGAGAAAGCGAGUGUACUGCGUGCGUGUGGCAAAGGAAUGUCCGCGGCGAAACAGUCCAAAAUGGGCGAGCAGGAUCGGAGCGGUUCGCGGUAACGUCGUGCGGCGUCCGCGCGGCGACGACUGGGCGUAGUCUGGAUCGACGAUAACAUCAUCCCCUAGAGCAGAGCUUAAUUUCGCGUUCAUCAGGAAGCCGAGGACGAAGAGAUGGCGGACGCUGAGAUGCUGGCCGAGCUUCAUGCCGAGAUCGAGCGACUAUCUCGCGAGCUCGACCUCGCCUCCACCGAGAAGAUCCAGUCGGCACAGUACGGGCUUGCUCUGCUCGAGGAGAAGAGCACUCUUCAGGAACGCUGCAACGAGCUCGAGGGACUCUACGAGAACACCAAGCACGAGCUCGACAUCACUCAAGAGGCUUUAGCGAAAUAUCAAACUACCACAAAAUUGACGACACGCAGCGGCAUUGAGCAAGAAGAGAGUCUGCUUCAUGAAAGCGCUGCACGAGAAACUAGCUUGACGACUCAAAUCCUCGAAUUGGAAAAUGAAGUUAAGCAGCUGCGCCAUGAGUUGGAACGUGUUCAAUCUGAGCGUGAUCACGCUCUACAAGAAAGAGAAGACGUAGGCAAGGACCAUUUGUUAGUGGAGUCUGAACGGAGAAGCUUGCGUACAGAGCUUAAAGAGAGCAGAUUUCGCGAGACAAGACUUCUGCAAGACUACACUGAACUCGAGGAUGAAAACAUUUCCUUGCAGAAGCAAGUAUCCACUUUGCGGUCUAGUCAGGUGGAAUUUGAAGGUGCCAAACAUGAAAUACGUAGACUGACUGAGGAGGUUGAGCUUCUGAACAGUCAAGUAGAAGAGUUGUCUAAUUUAAAGAAAAUAGCUGAGAAGCAGAUGGAAGAAGCAUUGGAGUCGUUGCAAGCCGAAAGGGAGGCAAAAUAUGUCCUCAAGAAGGAACUGGAUCAGAGAAUGAACAGCGAAUCUAUCUACAACCUCAGUAAUCUUGCACUUUCCAUUCGCGGUAUUACGGAUGACCAAACGAUGUGCAGCGAUGGUGAGGAUGAUUCUCCAGCACUAAGAAGAAUAGAGGAUGAUCUGAAGACUCAAGAACCUGGCACCUCAUCGCCAAACAAGCAGGUCGACCUGUUCUCGGAGAUUCAUUUGAACGAACUGAAAAAGCUUGAAAAGCAACUUGAAAUGGCUGAAACUGAAAAGGCAGUACUGACGCAGAACCUGAAGGAAUCACAGUGUGCUGUUGACAAGAGCCAAGCGGAAUUGCAGUCGUUCAUUGCGCGCAUUGUACAAUUAGCUGCCCAUGUCCAGUCUCUGCAGCACAUUCACUCGAAGCUACCAGAGAAGCAAAGCGAUGAAACCACCCUGGACAAGCUGAAUUUGGCCAUUAUUCAAUAUCACCAAUGGAGUACAAUGUCAGCUCAAGAAGUUCAACAACUACAAAAAGACUUGGCUGAAUUGGAGAAGGGUCUGACGAUUUCAGAUUCUACUCAACAUCUCAGAACGGAACUUACGAAUCUUCGUAACAAGAUACCUGUAACAGAGAAGAGCCUACAAGAAAAGUUGUUGGAUACUGAGCAAAGAAGUAUGCUGCUCGAAUCAGAUGUCAGCAUCCUUUCAAAGCUUGCCGCCGAGGCUGGCAGUUCUUUGGAAUCUGCCCAAAACGAUCUCCAGAAUAUGUCAGACGAGCUUGCAACGCUUUAUCAUCACGUAUGCACGGUCAACGGUGAAACUCCAUCUAGGGUUAUUCUCGAUCACGAGAAAAUUGUUCCUGCAGAUAGCGAGGAGGAAAGUGGUAAGAUUGAGUGGUGUAGAACACUCUUCAAGACUGACAUCAAAAUCAAGGACCUCGAGAGCCUCAGUAAAGCUAAGGAAAUCACGAAAAACAUCGAAACCGCCAUGGAUCAAAUCAAAUACCUCAGGAGUGCAGUCGAGCAUACUAUUGAAUUGUCCAAACUUAAGGGUAUCAAAACUGGAAUGUGUGCUGUAUGCGAAGCUUCCGUCAGUGAGAAUAAGUUAGAGGUAGCUGAACUUCAGGAACAGGUGAUCCGACUUAAGGCUUUGCUCUCGGCUAAGCAAGAGCAAAUAGCUACUUUGAGAACCGUACUGAAGUCUAAUAAGAAUACCGCGGAAGUGGCCCUAAGCAAUCUCAAGAGCAAAUAUGAGAAUGAGAAAACUAUCGUUAACGAGACGAUGCUCAAAUUGCGAAACGAGCUGAGGACGUUGAAGGAAAACGCGGCUACAUUCUCAAGUUUACGCGCGAUGUUUGCGGCGCGCUGCGAGGAGAACGCUACACGCGAGGACGAGCUGAAGCGACAGCUCGCCGUCGCAGAGGAGGACCGCAAAACACUGAACCAGCUGUUACGCCUCGCUGUCCAGCAAAAGCUCGGACUGACGAUGAAACUCGAGGAGCUCGAGGUUGACCGGGAGCUGCGCAACACGAGGAGACACCCAGCGAGCGCAGGAGGCGGCGGCGGCGGAGGUGGCAAUGGUCGGGGCCGUGGCAGGCUGCCCCAGCAGACGAACCGUCCCCAUCAGGGCAGGGAAUUUUUCUAGAAGAUGGUCAAGAUGUGGAGCAAGAUAUUCUGAGAUGCGCCCAAGGAUUGCAGUACCGAUAUCGAUAGACCCGCUAAGAGAUACUGAACAGUGGUUUCCUUUGGCCGGCAGAGUUGAUUUAAUAGCCAUUCGUGAGUCUUUUCAUGAGAAGUUUUUAUCGUUUGAAUUUAUAACACUUGGAGUUUGAGUGUGUUUUAAAACUCUGACGGCGGAAAUAAACUUGUGCAAAGUGAUCUGAGGUAUUAGUGGUCAAUGUGAAACGUUACACUUCUUACCUCAAGUAAUUUUAAAACUAAUAGUAUUAUAAUUUAUAGUACAAUUUUUUGAUUCAUUUUUAUUCGACUGCAUUUAGUUUUCAAACGUGUGACAGUAUUUUUAUUGGUUAGUUGUAAAAAUAUACAUAAAACUCUCACAUCACUUUGAUAAUUUUAUAGGGUCUAUCGCGAUGAGGAGGGAAGUCGUGAUUUUUAACAAAGAGUUUUCUGUAAAAAUGGUAAUUUUGAAAGCGUAUAGUUUUUAGACAAAUAUUAGCUUUACAGAUUGAUAGCUUCGUUAGAAAGUUUACGAAUUUUCUCGUGGGCAUCGAUUGUUUGGCACGAGCAUUUCUUGUAAAAGUUAUACAACCAAUUUUCUCAUACACUUAUAUUCUAUUAUGUCUCAUUCUUCAACGUAGAGCUCGUCGCUAAAUGAUCGAUCGUAUUGGCCAUUAAAUGGUAUUGCGAUCCUCGAGAUGGUCUCAGGAUAUGUGCUUCACGUCGAGACGUCAAAUCAUCGGUAAUCUCUGCCUCUUGUUACGACGUAUUGCGACGCGAUACGAAAGUCCACGAAUCUAAUGACGCGAAAUAGAAACCACGAACUGACGUGGAUAAAUUUUUAGAAUGUUGAAUUGCGCUGAAUUUGCGUCAUGUAAGAUUUUUUAUGUAAGUGAGAGAAGAAUUGAUCUUCUGAAGUGUUAUGAAAAGAGAGAUUUUUUAAAUUUUGUGUCCACUUCGAUUCAAAUUCUCCGCAAAAAGGUUCAUAAAUGACGGGGAAAAAAUUAACGAUAUCCGUAGUCUUAGUAACUAAACGGAAAGGCCAGCAUUGCGUAUAUUUUUUUCAAUAUUUUUUAUUUUUAUAUUGACGUUUGUAUUUGAGCGAUCAAGUACUCGAUUAAUCAGGAGAUGGGUUUUAAUUUCAUUUAUAAAGCUGUGUUACUAAAAACAAACAAAGAGAAUUUUUAAAUUUCUAAAUGUCUGCGCCUGUGAGGACAAUAUAGAUUACUUGAUAGCGCAGGAUUUUUAGAUUUUAUGUUGCCGUUGUAAAAUCACCAAAAGACGCGUGCUCAAGAGCAAAUUAGGGAAACCGACAAUGUGAUCUAACAGCAGCCUAUUGUACUAUUUUUUAAUAAAUAAGCCGAUCGUUACUUAUUUAUCGCAAUCGGUCCAACUUUUUAUUUAGAAAACAACAUCACGCCCGGGAAAACGGAAUUUGUGCAAUUAUUUUUACUGUUAUUGUAUAUUAUUCUUAUAAGUCGCGCUUUUAUCGAUUUUAUUAUUUAUUAUUUGACUCGAGCGAGUUUAAAGUUGUAAGCGAGUAAUCAGUGCUGCUUUGAAAACUUACAUUUAAAAAUGGCAGCUUAAAGCGUUUUCCUAAGUACUGAUUUUUAACUGUACUGUUUUUUUAGUUAUGACAACCUUUAUUAAUACGUAUUAAAAUUAUUGUUUAAAAGUUUUGUGUGGUUGAAUCGUAUUGUUGGCAGCUAUGUUUUCGCUUUUAUAUAUCGAAUAAAAACAGACGAAAAUAAUAAAGUAGGAAACCCUGAAAACUAUUUAUACAUACAAACUUGUAAAUGAUUCAUAUGCAACUGUAAUUAUAGUCGUAAAAGGUGAAAUACAAAAAAAAAACUAAUCGUUCAUAGUUGCAUGAUUCUCAUUUAAUUCAAUAUGUACGUUUUUCGGGUGUGAAUAAAAAUGACCACCUCAAGUAUUUGAUUUGUUGAAAGAAUCCGCUGACAGGUAGCUCCGAAAUAUUAAUCACAGACUAGUGCGAACAAGCGUUUAAGCGAGUUUAUUAAAGUUACACUGAAGACUAUUAAUAAUUAGUAAUUAUUGCAUACUGCAUUGUACUAACCCAUAAUGGUUAUUAUUGUCAUACUCAUUGAUCGGAUGAGUCGUAUCGGAUGCACGCAAAGAGAAACAAAGGAGUGAAGAAACAAAAAAAAACAUUAAGAAUUUUAUGGACCGUUCCAACGAGAAUUAUUUUUCAUCGAUGCCAAUAUUUCGCUGUUGAGUAUGUUUAUACUGAAUGAUCAUUGUAUGAUAUGGUGAUAUCUCCGCUCAGAAUUGAAAGAACAAGAAAAUUAUAAGCAAGGCAAGGAUAAACUAAUUAGAGUGUAGCAUGGGAUAUAGCUGUAGAAGCCCCGUAUUCUCGAGAAAUAGAGAAGAUUUAGAGACUUUUCAAGCGGUAUACAUAUAAUGUUACAUGUGCCGAGCGGAGAUUCGCUUUGUGUCCAUUAACCAAACCGAGCCUCGAAGCACCGUCCCUUUUCCUUCCUCCUUACACCACCGUAUGAGCUACGAUAACGUUUUUUCGUAUGUUUGUCUCUUCUACAGAACUACUAAUAUUUGACUAUAUCUAACUUCAAUCACGCUGGUAUCUUCGUAUUUUUCUAACGUUUACAAAAAAUUUGUUAUUGAAAGCUUAUUCGUUAUGAAGAUUACUAUCAAUUUCAUCAAACGAAUAUUAUUAUUAUUGCGAGUCCAUACUUAAUUAAGGACUUUUCGUACGUGGAUAAUGAGCGAUGAAAAUAAUUAGAAUAACUCGUUUUAAUUCAUAUAGAGACAAUAAAUGUUGAAAUACAAAAAUAAAAAAACUAAUAGAAUCAAAUAAAUUGAAUGUUUUUGGUAUACAUUUUUACUUAAAAAUAAUAAACUCUCGACUAUACUACUGAUUAGUGUAACGUCUAUAGUGAAUUAAAUUCUCACGUUGGUCGAUAUUUGUAUUCUACUGUAAUAAUAUCGUCAAAAACUUGACUAUUUCCAUUUUCAUCGUGCAUAUAUGUUGAAAUAAGUUUAACUUUACACUUCGAACAUCUAAUAUUGAAUGAGUUGAUAAUCUUUAAAGAUGAUACGUAUCGUCCAUAACAAAGUUCCUUCGUGUCUAGUUCUUGACACUUGCACUUUCGCAAACUCAAAACAAAAGGGAACGAGGACUUUUGCAGUCCUUUUUUCAAUUUAAUGCCAUGAAUGUAUUUGCAAGUUUUAAGAUUAAACGUUCUUGCGGUGGUGUAUGGUUUAGAUAUUUAGAAAAUUUAGAAUAUAAUGGAGAAAAGUAAGCGUAUUUAUGAAAUAAACGUAGUCCUUAGGUUGCACAUAAUAAACUGUAAUCCUGUUUUGAAAAAAAUCUUGUGUAAUGGUUUUACUUGCAGUCGAUAUAUUUUUGUUAAUGAUACAAAUCUGUCACAUAGUAAAAUCAACGAAAGUUAAUAAUGGGAACUCAUUGGUUAAUAAUAUUUAUACAUAAUUUAUGAAUGCGUUUCAAAGUUUUCUGCAAUAUUGAGUGCUUAUAUUAUGUGGUGUGCGAAUAACAUCACAAAUUUUUUAUCGCUAAUCAAAAUCAUGCGUGAUUUUAUUACUGUAAUUUUGCAUGUACAAGAUUUUAGUUUUAUAGCAAGCAUUUAACUUCUGUUUUAGACAAAUGAUAUUCUUCAAUUCGAGGUUUAUUUUUCUGCUUUUUAUUAAAAGUAUUAAUUAUCAAAAUAACACUAGAAAGAGUUAGAGUCUUAGAAACCAUUUAUCGAUUAUAUGCAAGAUAAAUGAAUUUUUCUUUUUCUGUAAACAGUUGGAAAAUUGUACUUGUAAAUAGUGUAAAUGCACUAUAGUGAUGUAGCGUUGUACGAAUAAGAAUUUUUCAGGCUUACAGAACGAAUUAAAGGCACUUUUGUGUCGCUCUGAAAAAAAGUAAAAAAAAACGAAAAGAUAUUUACAUCAUGAGUAUUUUGUCGUUUGAACGUUUGUUUGUUUGUCUACUGGUUGUUCUAAAAAAAAGUUAUCGAUCAUAAAUUAGUGGAAUUAGGUGAAAUGAUCGAAAGUUCUUACUUCGAUGGUAUAAUAAUAAUGAUUAUACGGUUUUGCAUAAAUAUCGAAUGAAGUUUUAGAACGACGUUACUCGUAAUUAUAAUUGAUUUUGUAACAUAAAGUGAUCAAAUAAUAACCAUUUGUAACUCGA